UGCGUGAGUUCUGCCUCGCGUACUAGCCCGAUCCCAGAUGGGGGCAAGCUGUCGCCGUGCUCGACGACGUGCUCUUCGUCCAGGGCGGCGGGACCGACCAGUACAAUCAAUAUGCAUAUCCGUCCGCACCACCGGUAAACGACAUGCUCGCUCUCCCUCUCACAUCAUCCUUCUCCCUUUCCUCCGUGCCAUGGGACUACGUCUCUGGCUGCUCAAACUGUUCCUCAUCUCAAGGUCCGGCCGUCGCCUGGCAUACCCUCUCCCCGCUCAACACCUCGUCUCUCCUCGUCUUCGGCGGCUACCUCGGCCCGAACUCACUCAUCUCCCUGCCCGAACAGCCUGACUCCGCCGCUCUCGUCAACAUCGCGAGCAUCACGAAGCGCGUAUGGAGCACUGGGGUAAGUCUGAUUUCGGCAAGUAUACUAUCGCUUCCAUCUCACAGGGCAAGAGGCGACCUUGGAUCAGUUCGCACCCUGUCCUGUGGCCUCCUCUGACUUACAGCAUCGAAGCAUCUCUAGCAACACUUCGUCUCAUUGCCGCUGCGCAAGACCCGUCUCUCAUCGGGUCGUCGUCUAGCAAUGCUUCUCAUCCUCGCAAGCUGA